GAGUGAAAUCUGACCUCACAGACCUUCCUUUUGCGCGACCCGGACGACAGAGAGGGAAGGACAUUCCUAAUAUAGUCGAAGGGGGAAGUCAAGAGCAGGACUUGGUCCGUACCUUCGGAGUAUUACCUUCGACACUCUACCGCCAUUGUUUUCACUAUGUCUCAGCCAAGAUCACGAGUGUCAUGUCGAAAAGGGCCUCUCUUGAGAUGGCGUUCCACUGUAGCUUCUAUUUUUAUUCUGUUAAUUUUCUGUCUGCAUUUUGUGGCGGGAACACCCAAAAAUGCACCCUCUAAUGACCUAAUGAAUGUUCCUGAACCGCCCGCGGAGGAGCAACACCUUCCUGGUGGGAAGUCGGAAGACCCACUUGAUGUAUCGCCCCCGCCAGCUGAAGACGAGCGCAGCGACAAGCUUUACCAAGAUACGAUCCGACAUCUGUCAGCAAUAGCACGAAAGCGUGGCCUGCGUUCCUCGAAUGCGGAAACCCGGGACCUCCUUUAUAUUCUGACCCGAUUGAUCACGCGAAGCAUUCUGCCAAGACCACUUAGUGAUCGACUAGAAAAUCUGCGUCGGCGACAUGGACCAGCGGAAGAAGAUCUGGGGGCCUUGCCGAUAGAAAGUGAACAGGAAUUGGAUAGUAUACCGGUGAUAGAGGAGGGAGAUGAACCUGCAGUUAAAAGGAUAAAGGCAACCCAAAUUUUACGCAAGUUGGGAUAUGACGAAGGGCAUCAGGAUUCCUUAGCUACACUGGGUGACAUGUUCCUGUACGGUAAAUAUUCCCAUCCCCGAAAUACGACCGAGGCAUUCAAGCACUAUCAUACUCUGGCUCGAAAACAUGGCAGCGCAAUUGGUCAACGAACAGUAGGACUUAUGUACGCUACGGGAGUAGGCGUCGAUAGAGAUUAUGCAAAGGCUUUGCUCUAUUUAAGUUUUGCUGCAUUAGCAGAUGACACCAUUGCAGAACAGGCACUUGGGUAUUGGCAUUGGGCUGGUAUCGCUACCACGAAGAGCUGCGACGAUGCCUCGUUUUAUUUCAAGCGGGUUGCUGAAAAAGCCGUUGAAAAGUUCAGAUCCGGUCCACCACUCGGUUUGGCAAUGCCCCUCCCAAAGCUCCGUCUCCCAGAUCAGGAGGGUGGUGUCUAUGGUUAUGGAGCCAGCGGACCUGGCGAUCCGAAUGUGCCUACACGUGGACAGGGUGGUCAGAAUGGUGCUUUGACAACGGAAGAUAUUCUGCAGUAUUACCGACUGCAGGCUGACGCUGGCGAUCCACUCGCACAGCUUUUGAUAGGAAAGCUGUUUUACUUGGGGACCAACAACGUGAAGCAGAAUUUUCGAAAAGCGAUGGAGUACUUUCUAGCUGCUGCCUCUAAGCAUCCAGGAUUGGAGGCGGUUCGAGCGCCUGAUGCCACGGAAGGUAUAAAACAAGCUGCCUCUGCUUCCGCGCAGGCGAUGGGAUUGUUGGGGCAGAUGUAUUGGCGUGGUGAAGGCGUAGAACAGGAUAAUGCAACCGCUCGUCAGUGGUUUGAGCGUGGUGCAAUUGAUGACAACGCCGCGUGUCUGCAUGCCCUUGGCGUUAUGAACAUGGAGGGGAUUGCGGGUCCCAAGGACCCUAGUAAAGGAUUUAAAUUUAUCCAACAAGCGGCACAUAAGGAGAAUCCGGAUGCCCAAGCCUACCUGGGUGAGCUGUAUCUCGGCUAUGGAAAGAAGGAGUAUCAAAAUGCUCUGAAGUGGCUUCAACAGGCUUCUUCCCGCGGGCACAUCGUUGCGUUAUACAACCUUGCGAAUAUGUACACUGAAGGAUUGGGUGUUGCACUGCCUAACUGUGACGUUGGGGUCCGGCUGUAUAAGAGCGUUGCCGAAAAGGGCGAUUGGCACGACCCAAUUGUACAUCAGGCUCAGGCAGAUUUGAAUGCAGGAGAUAUGGAAGGAGCAUUCUUACGGUAUCUGUUCGCUGCCGAGAGAGGGUACGAGAUUGCACAGACCAAUGCCGCGUGGAUGCUGGAUCGAGGAAUGUAUUCUCCUUCACACUCUCGUAUCUACCGGGAGAAGCAAGAUCCGUACAAGACAGCCUUGUACCUAUGGAACCGGGCAGCAAAUCAAGGAAAUGUCAAUGCGAGGGUGAAAAUGGGGGAUUACUACUAUUACGGAUUAGGUACGACACCAGAUCCCGCAAAUGAGGAGUCAGAGGCCCCAAAGGGGAGCCAAGAAGAGACGUCUCUACUAUCGCGAUUACUUGGAACUGGGCUCAGAGGAAAAGGAGAUCCGGAGCGGGCGGCAAUAUAUUACCAAGUUGCAGCAGAUAAGGAAUGGAGUAGUAUUGCAAUGUGGAAUCUGGGGUGGAUGCAUGAGACCGGAAUUGGAGUCCAGAAGGAUUAUCACCUGGCGAAACGUAAUUACGAUAUGUGCCUUGAUACAAACCCAGAGGCGUAUCUCCCAGUGAACCUUGCUUUGGUCAAGCUUCGAAUCAAAAUACUCUGGGAUGAACUAUUGAGGAGACGCACCUCCAGUGACUCGUCAUCAUCUCGUCCUGAUGAGACAUUGGCAGCAGAAAAAUCGGAAAAGCGGGAUAAAGAAUCUUGGAGACAGGCAGAGGCUCCACUGGGACUCAUGAGAGAUGAAGAUAACAAUGAAUUUUGGGAGUUUGAGCAUGUGCCCCCCACGGAAGGGGAUGUAGCGGAAACGAUAGGAAUAUUGGUACUCUGUGCUGUUGCAGCUGGAUUGGUCCUGUGGCGACAGGGUGUGUUGAGGAGGGUGGCAGAGCAAGCUCCGCCUGUGGGAGCUGUUAGGGAGGGGGAUCGAAGACAAGAACAAGAGCAUGAAGGAGGGCUUGGACGAUGAGUGUAGUUCAGAAUGUUUCCUCUAAAAUUUCAUGAAUUGCUAUGAUUUGCACUUGUAAAUAGUCAUUUUUUGCUGCACUGUUUUCAAAAUGCAGAGACCGACGGC